AAUUCUCACCGGUUGAAUUUAACUGAUCAAAAAAAAGCAAUUAUCUCGAAGUUUUACGAAAAUUGGAGAAAGAAUGUUGGCAAUGAUAUUUAUCCAGUCAUAAGACUUGCUGUUCCCAAAAAAGAAACUGAUCGUCUGUACAAUAUUCGCGAAACUGUUCUAAUCAAUUUGGUUUUGAAAGUCUUUAACUUGAAUAAAAAUUCUGAUGAAAACAGGCUAUUGAAAAACUGGAAAAACCAAAAUGCCAAUUUUAAAUUUAAUAAAUACGAAUCUCUAAUCACUUUAAUUACUACUGUUAUUACUCAAAGACAGUCAACUGUAAAUGGCAGCGAAAUAACAAUUGAUCAAUUGAAUGACUAUCUUGAUAAACUCGCCUUUGCAAAUUUAUCCCAAGAUGAUAAAAUCAAAAUCUUUUCUGAUUUAUUCAACAAAUUGAACUCUCUUGAGAUCAAGUAUUUUCUAAAAAUUAUUUUAAAGACCUCUGUUGUUCAAAAUACUGAUACACUAUUCUUGUCCUGCUGGCAUCCUGACGCUUUAGAUUAUUAUUCUGUUGCAUGUAACUUGGAAAAACUUUGCCAUAAAUUGCUCAGCCCAUCAAAAAGAUUGAAUCAAAAGGAAUUGCUAAUUUCCAUAAACCAACCUUUUUUCCCUGAAUUGGCUUCAAAACCUAUCAAAUUUAAUGAAAUUACUAAAAAAUUUGAUAAUCAAUUUAUAAUUGAAACAAAAUUAGAUGGUGAAAGAUCCGUAGUUCAUAUAUCUCAGGACUCAAAUGGAAAUUUUAAAUUCAAAUUUUUCACUAGACAUGCAAAAGACUAUACUUAUUUAUUUGGCGAUGACAUUCAGUUUGGCACUUUCUCCAAAUACUUUAAAGAAAUUUUCAAAAAAGAUAUUAACAAAAUCAAAAACCUAAUAUUAGACGGCGAAAUGCUAUCAUAUGACAUUAAUAGAAAUGUUAUUCUACCCUUGGGUUACCUCAAAUCGAGUCUUCUUGAAGAAACCUUUAAACUUGAAAAACUUCAGACAAAUCAAAGAGAUCAAAAUAAUCCAAACAAUUUAGUUUACACAAACUCAAGGCCGCUAUACGUUAUAUUUGAUAUCUUACUACUUAAUGAUCAACCGAUAUACAAAUAUCGUCUCAAAGAAAGAAAAAAACUUUUAAAUGAGCUAAUCAACCCCAAACCUGGAUAUAUUGAAAUAAUUGAGACUGAAAAUGGUGCCACCGUUAAAGAUAUUGAAAAUUCCUUGAAAAAUGCAAUCGAAAAUAACUUAGAAGGCAUUGUUGUUAAAGAUAUCAAUUCCAGAUAUAAAGCCAAUGAAAGAAGCCCGGAUUGGAUAAAAGUCAAACCAGAGUAUUUAGAAGAAUUUGGCGAUAAUGUGGAUGUGUUAAUAAUUGGCAAAAUCAACUCAAAGAAACCUUCUUUUAUUUGCGGAUUGAGAGUUGAUGAUUCUGAAUCAAAAAAAUUCAUAAGCUUUUGCUCUGUAUCAAAUGGUAUAUCAGAGUCUGAUUUGAAAGAGAUUGAAUCAUUAACUUAUGACAAAUGGUAUAAUUACCGAGAAGACCUUCCUCCCACUGAUAUCAUCGAAUUUUCUAAAAAGAUUCCAGAUUUUUGGAUUAAACCUGAAGAUUCCAUUGUUUUUGAAAUUAAAGCUAGAUCAAUAGAAAAUGGAAUGGUUGCAAAAGAUUAUGUGACUGAUUCAACGUUAUAUAACCUUUACAUGAAGUCAAUAAGAAGGGAUAAAAGUUGCAAAGAUUGCCUUAGUUAUGAAGAAUAUCUUGAAAUUAAACUGAUUAAAGAUAGUAUUGCUGAUAAAAGAAAAAAUCGUCAAACCUUAGAUAAUAACAAUGAGAAUUUCAGUAACAAUAUUUUUUCACAGUUAAUAGGUAAGAAAAAGGAAAGAAAAAGAAAAAGAAAUGAAUCAGAUGAUGAGGAAGAUGAAUUUUUCUAUUUGUCUCUGGAAUCAGAUAUAUUUGCUGGUUAUUGUUUUAACAUUUUAAGUGAUUAUAAAUUUAACAACCACAGUAGGAGAGUUUACAAAUGUGAUAUCGAAAAAAUUGUCCGAAGAAAUGGUGGUGAGAUAACAAAGAGCGAGAAUGUAGGCUUUACAGAAAAUAAAAACUUGGUGUCAAUAUCAAAUAUCAGCACAAGAAACACCAAUUUGUUAUUUGAAAAGGGCUAUGAUAUUCUUUCUCCAAAAUGGAUUAUGGAUUGUGUGAAACAUAAAAAAAUAUUGAGUCUCGAGCCUCAAUAUUGCUAUAAAGUUCAUGAAAAUGUUUUGAAAGAAAUCAAUUCAAGGGUUGAUGAAUUUGGUGAUAGUUAUUUCCUUCAAACAGAGGUUGCUCAAUUUCAUAAUAUUUUAAAG